UAUUUUCUAAUAAUAGAAACAGCGAUCGUCUACAUUAACGAAUACAGUUAGAUCUUUUUACCGAGUUUGUAACGACACACGUUGUUCGUAUAGUGUAUUCAACUUUAUUUGAACCGCUGUCGGACAAAACAAGAUAACAAGAUGAAAACAUCUGGAGUAUUGCGUGGUUUACAAUAUAAGGUGGAUGAUAACCCACCGUGGAUAACUACUAUACUGCUAGCUGUACAGCAUUACCUGAUGUUAUUGAGUUCCAACCUUGCAACCCCUGUUCUUGUGGCAACUAUAAUAUGUGCCAAAGGUGACGUAGAGGUCACAUCAAUGAUGCUAGGUAAUAUGUUGUUUGCCUGUGGGAUAUGCACCGUUAUACAGACGUUUAUAGGAGUAAGACUACCAAUAGUCCAAUGUCCAGCGUUUGCUUACAUAGUUCCUAUGUUGGCCCUGACAGACUUUGAGAAGUGGAAAUGUCCAGAAUUUAACACCACAAUGAUAAAUCCGACGAUGAAUACAACAUUAGGUAAUAUAACAGACCACGAUGGUGAAGAACCCUAUUGGAAAACACGUUUAAACAUGAUAACGGGAUCGAUAAUGGUAGCCAGUGUAUUUGAGAUAUUUUUGGGAGCCACUGGUAUAUUGACUUUGUUGUUGAGAUUCAUUGGACCUCUUACAGUUGCACCAACUAUAAUGAUGAUGGGACUCGGUGUUGUAAAGACUGGAUAUGAACUUGCUGGUACUCAUUGGGGAAUCGCUUUUGGUACCAUUGGUCUUAUUAUAUUGUUGUCAGAAUGUAUACCUACAUUAGAAAUCGAUGUCCCCUGCACUGGAAAAUUAACCGGACAGGAAAAAGGGGUUGUAAGACACGAUAAACGGAAAACCCAAAUAGUGUUCCAUAAAAUGUUUUCUGUGAUUAUUUCCGUAUGUUUAAUGUGGCUGCUAUGUUACAUUUUAACAACAACUGGAGCAUUCCCAAGCGACAAGAAGAGUUAUGGGUACCAAGCUCGGACUGAUCUUCGGGAUGAAGAAUUGAAAGCAGCUUCCUGGUUCUCAUUUCCCUAUCCUGGUCGAUAUGGCAAGCCAACAUUUAACUCUGGUUUGUUUGUAGCAUUUAUAGCAGGUGUAAUAACUUCUGUAAUCGAGUCUAUUGGUGAUUAUUACACGUGUGCCAGAAUAGCUGGAGCUGUUCCACCGCCUCCCUCUGCCAUAAAUAGAGGAAUACUAGUAGAAGGAAUAGAUGGUAUUUUAUCAGCAGCUGUUGGUCUAGGAUUUGGUGUAACAUCAUGUAGUCAGAAUAUUGGUGUCAUCAGUUUGACAAAGGUUGGCAGCAGACGUGUGGUACUUGUAGCGGGUAUACUGAUGAUAAUAUUUGGUUGUUUUAACAAGUUUAGUGCGUUUGUUGUUACUGUUCCUGAUCCAAUCAUCGGUGCCUCAUUUAUUGUACUUUUUGGAGUAUUAGCUGCUGUAGGGGCAUCAAAUCUUCAGUAUGUAGACCUGAAUUCACCAAGAAACAUGAUUGUGUUCGGCCUGUCUUUGUUCAUGGGAUUAACAUUGCCUCCAUGGACCCAGCAGAAUGAACAAAUCUUUGCAGAAGGCAACGAAAAUGCGAUGCAGGUAUUGUUAGCUCUUCUAGGAAACAAUAUGUUUAUGGCUUGUUUCACAGCAUUAAUAUUGGACAAUGUUAUGCCAGGUACUGUUGAAGAACGUGGAAUAGUGUUAUGGCGGGAAUUAACAUCCGAACAUCUAGAGGACAAGGACAGCUACUCUUUAAGAACGUACGACCUUCCAUUUGGUAUGUCAAAAAUAAGGUCAUGGCGAUGGACCCGAUAUAUUCCGUUCUCUCCAACAUUUGUUAAUGAUCCUCUUUAUUGUUGUUCACCUCCUCCACGUGACCACGAAGACGUAACCAGAGAGAAUGAUCUCAAUAGACUCGACGAUGGAUGUACAAAACUAUAGAACAAUGGUACAAUACAACAAUAUCAAUGUACCAGCUAACCUGAUGAAAUAUUAUAAAGUAAAAUAUUGUGUUAGAUAGUUUGACGUAUCCAAAGUCACAAAAGAGUCCGUUUUACAUUCAUCUAUUUCACUCGAGAAUAAUGAUUAUAAAAGAAAUAUAACAGUGAAAUACAUGUUCCAAAAAGGAUUUA